AUGUCUGUGAGCACGGAAGAGGAAAGCGAGCUCACCGACCUCGUGGCGCAGUCGCAGUUGUCUAAGAGGCUUGCGGAGAACUCGCCUGCUGCAUCAUCAGAAGUGGCGCCGCAGUCAGUCGCCGGCGUUCAGCAACCCACAUGGCAUGAGCACGAGGGACACUUGCGUGAGUCCCACUCCAGCUUAGCAGGGCUGAUGAAUCACCCCCUCGAGCAAGAAGCGCACGAGCCCAUCGUGUUCGAUCAGCCGAUGGACACCACGCCAAUCCUGCUGCGGUAUUUCGAUGAGCUUCUCAUCAGUGCCACUGCAGCGAAGGAGCAAGGGCAUAUCAACAAGCAUCAAUGCGCGUUGGCUGUUCGUCGGCUGCGACUGAUCUCCUUCACGCUGCAUCAGAUGCCGCAGCCGGCGCCGUCGCAGCAGCUGCUGACCGCGAUGAAGUCUUUGUGUCUGCUGCUGCGUCAGUGCGCACACGACGGCGGGGCCGGGACAAACACGGCGGAGCCCAUUACUGCACUCCAGAUGCUCUACGGCCCCGACGGCGAUCCACUGGGGCCGGCUCAGUGCUGGCCGGCGUUGCUGUUUCAGCACUUCACGAGUCGGCUGCUCUUCCAAAGUGCUUAUCGACGCCUAUGGGCGGCGUGGUCGAUGUACUCGCACGUGGGGCUGGAGAAAGAGGAUACCGUCGCAGAGUCACUGGACUCCGCCGAAGAUGCGAAAGUCAUGAUGGAGCGACUCUUCCCCAUGGGUGUUCCUGGCGGACAAGCAGAUCACUCCACCUCCGAAGAGGCCGACAGCGUCAGUCAACAUAAGCGUGACCUGCUUGCCUACUACCAGCGGCGUAACAUGAGUCCGUGGCGAAUCCUCUAUCAAGACCUCGAGCCGACAGAUCAGCACGUACCAGAGGCCAGUCGACCACAAGGCGUAUCGCCAUUGGCGGCGACGGGGCACGGCGCUGGGGAGGAAGAGGAGGAGAAGGAGGAUGUUUGCUUUCGUGUAGUUCCGCACGUGUACCGGUACAACGGCGUCCCUGUCGUUGUGAAGGCCCUCUGCGGUGCAGCGGGCACGGGCGAGGCCGAGGUGCAGAAAGCGGCCAUGCAGCAUGCGGGGGAAUUUGUGCUGGACGUGGGGUGUCGCGCUACGUGGUGUCAUCCGCAUAUUGUCACGUGCCUCGGUGGAUACACGGAAAAGUUUGUCGACAACAUGGAGAGGCCAGAGGUACCGGCGGGGCGCGGCGGGACCAUGGUGGCGGCCGAAAACCACGGCGAUGCAGCAGUGGAGGGUGUCGAGGUAAGCAAGAAGGCGACAGAGGAGCGCUCCGCAAGUGCUGCCGCGGUGACCCUCCCCUGGCAGCGUGCCGUGUCGACCGCUACUGGGAGGCCCAUCAUGGCGCUAGGGUACGUCCUGGAGCUGCAGAGUGCGUCAUUGGCGUCCACCGCUGCCACUGCGGCGCAGACUUCCUACGUCACGCUUCGCGAUUUGCUGUUUGCUUCCCCCUUUUCCGCCACCUCCUCCUCAGAGCCCCUCUCCAUGGUGAGGCGGCGCAACUUCACGCUUUACGAGGCACUCGACAUCUGCGCCCAAAUCGCCGAUGCGCUGCAGUACAUCAUGGGCGACAGCCAUGAGGUGUCUGAGGCGGUGCGGACGGCGUGGUUGACCAUCGACCCUGCGAACAUCUUUGUUGUGCGCGUGGUGGAACCGAAGGGGGGAGAAGAGCCAAGGCCUCAGCAGCCAAAGAAGCCGUACGGUGGUGGUAGCGGAGACCAACAUGGGAGAAAGUCAUCACCCUUGUCGAUAAAUGGCGAGAGCGCCGUGUGGGCGGCUAGAGUCACCUCCCUCGCUGAAGGGAACAGUCGUGAAGGGGCGGCCGACGUCAUGGGCCAAUCUGACCCGCAAAGACGCUUCCUAAAGGCGUGGGAGGAUGGAGGAGGCCACGUCGACGCAAGCUUUGGCGAUGUGGUGGAUGCAGCGCAGACACCAAAGGGGUGGGUGACAGAGGUGUACGUCAGCCAAGGAAGGAAGAACGACUGCGACAACACUGAGGAUGUGCUACACUGCCAAUCAAAGCAUUUCGUUGUCCGCUACAGCCCACCGUGCAGCUGGACACCGCACGAGGUCGCCGGAAGUCGGUGGCGUCCGCAUGCGCGCGCCACGGCCCCUGCGAGUUACGCCGUUGUGCAGCUCUUUCUUGCGCUCCUCACAGGCCAGGUGCCCUACGCGCACAUGAAGACAGACCGAGAGGUGGAGGAGCGCGUGUUCGCGGGCACUACGCAGCACCCCGGCAACAUGUGGGAUACCUCAUCGCAUCGCUCUGGAGCGGCGUCGGAAGUGCAGGUGAAGCCAAGCAGCAGCGGUCAAGGAUACCGUAUUCCGCCCUCGCUGCCGCCAAUGGUCGCGAACUGGUGUCGGUGUGCGCUCUCCCUCGAUCACAGUCAACCGCCCAUGGUGCUGGAGGCGCUGCGCGACACCCUGACGACGAUUCAAGCCUCCCUGCCGGAUCACAUCCUUCACUCGCACGUGACCACAGGAGAGGGCGCGGCUGCGCGGGAGAGAGGGGCCGAUGACGUUGACGGUAGCACAUAUCAGGAGAUGCAGCCCCACAUUUGUGGAGAGAUGUUCGAUGUUCUGUGCUAG